UUACAAAAUUGGUGUGUGCUUGUCAAAACAUCUUGUCGUUUGGAAAAUUUGUAAUUGCAAAAUUUAUGUUCCUUCGUUGCGCAGUUUGGAAUGUAUCGCAGUUAUAUUUACGAUUUUUGCAAAAGAAAUUCGAAAAUUCUAAAGAUAGUGUAUUAAUUCAUCGCUAGCUAGUUAAAAAUGUCAUAUCUUGGAAAAGGGUCAAACGCAUUGCCUAAUAGUAGCGACCAUAAUGAGCUAAUCGAGGACACGAGUUUAUUAAUAGCAUCCGUAUACACUAUGUUGGAUCGGACUCAGCGCACGCCACAACAAACGACGUCAUCUUUGGGGCGUAGGUCCCACAACAAUAGCGAUAGCAGUGAGCAACUUGAAAGGGCAAAUUCUAAUUCUAGCUCACCGAAAUCGCCGAAAACACCACGUUUAAAUUUACCCACUAGAACAACAUUGUCCACACCAUCAAAUCAAUUUUGUGAAAUGUUGGAGCGCAAUUUACGCACUGUGGCUUCGGAUGAAGAACAACUCAUUGGCAGACGUCUAGAAUCAACGUCACCAACUAUUCCACGUAAUGCAAUAGAGAGACCUCAACCGGUAAGAACAAAUAGAGUGAGCGCGCCAACACCCGAGGAAGUAAUCGAUUUAACUGAUUCAAUGAAUAUGCCGGUACCAAUUAGGCGGCCCAAUCCAUUUAAAGACGAUGUAAUAGUAGUGACACCAGAUGAUGGAGAAGUCGUUGAUCAUUGUACACCAAAUUUUCGUCGAAAUAAUGGACGCUCAACAAAAACAUCAACAACAAACAUAGGAUCAGCAAACAGAGCCAAAGUUAAUCACUUGUCGCCUCGUGAACAAGCAGAGAUUAGAUCAUUAAUUAAGAAAAAAAGACGUUUACGAAGAAAGUGGCAACGCAGUAGAAAUCCAAUUGACAAAACUAUUGCAAAUAGAGCCACAAGAGAGCUAAGAGAAAAAUUCACAUACUUUGAAAAUAAAUCGACUUCUGAUUAUAUUGAGAGUUUAAAUUAUAGAAAUAAUGAAGAUCAUAAGAUUUGGAAUGUUACAAAAUAUCUAAAAAGACCGAAAAAAAGAAAUGUACCUAUCAAAGACGGUAAUAACGUUUUGGUGUAGAUCAGACAAAAGCAAAGCAAAUGCGUUCAGUAAAUACCUUGAAGCAACGUUCACUGCUUUUGGUUGUAGUGGUAGCAACAAUGAUGCUGCAAUAUUAGAAUUUCUUGAUAUACCCUGUCAACUAUCUCUACCAAUGAAACAUAUUACGCCCGCCGAAAUACGUUCUGAAAUCGAAAACCUGAACAACAAGAAAUCUCCAUGACUUGACAAAAUUGAUGCCAGAGUAGCUAAGUGCUUACCUAAAAAGUGCUUACCUAUGAUUCUUACACUUAUCUAUAAUUCAAUAUUAAGGCUGAACCAAUUCCCUACCCAGUGGAAGUGUUCAGAAAUUGUGAUGGUGCUCAAACCAGGUAAAGCCGAGAACGAAAUCACUUCAUAUAGACCAAUCAGUUUGUUGUCUUUAUUCUCCAAAAUAUUUGAAAAAAUAUUUUUACGUAGAAUAUUGCCACUCCUAAAGGAGAAUACGGUAAUACCUGAACAUCAAUUUGGGUUUCGCCGUUAUCACGGUACGCCCGAACAAUGUCACCGUGUAGUUAACUACAUUACUGACAUUUUAGAGCGUAAGGAAUACUGUUCAGCACCAGUUUUGGACAUUCAGCAGGUAUUUGAUAAAGUUUGGCAUCAUGGUCAAAAAACAUAUUCUCCUCUCAGGUAUGUAUAUCUAAUUCUUAAGUCUUAUUUAACUGGUAGGUCAAUUUAUGUAAAAACAAAUGACGAAACGUCUGACAUAAGAUUCAUAAAUGCUGGAUAGGUAGUGUGCUUGGUCCUGUACUUUACACCAUUUUUACCUCUGACAUACCUGAAACUGAAAAUGAAUCAUUUGCUACAUAUGUAUGCAUGCACUUGUAUAAACGGUUAACAUGGAAACAGCACAUACAAGCUAAAAAUAAGCAAUUAAAAAUAAAAAUAAAAUAACUGUAUUGCUUUUAUAUAAAACCAUACUAAAACCUAUCUGGACCUACGGUGUGCAGCUUUGGGGCACUGCUAAUAAUUCAAAUAUUGAAAUUUUACAAAAGAUUUCAGUCAAAAACCCUUAGGCGGCCCUUGGUUUAUAACAAAUAAAGCCAUUCAAAGAUUAAAAGAUUUAGUACGGCAUAUUUACACAGAAUCAGUUAUCAUGACAAUCCUUUGGCAAUCAUGUUAUUAGAUGACAGCAAUGAAAUUACAAGACUUAAAAGACAACAUAUUUUAGAUCUUCCUUUUAGGAAUUAAGUAUGUACUAAAUAUUUAAUAACACAUGUAUGUAUAUUACUGCGGUAUUAAGUAUUUGUAUUAAGUUUGUUAAUAUAAGCACUAGAAAUAAGAACAUU